AUGUUUUUGGAUGAAUGCAGAAGCGAAUUUGAGACGGACUGCCUCUACAAAGUUCUGGGCGUCGAAAAGAAUUGCGAUGAGAAAGCGCGUAAGUUAAAAUUUUGGCACUGCAGAAGAUAUUUAGGACGCUGUUAAUUUCAGUGAAAAAGGGCUACUACCGCCAAUCCAUGCGUUGGCAUCCGGACAAAUCCAAUCUGAAAGAAGAAGAGAAAGCGGAGUACACGACAAAAUUCCAGCUGCUCAACAAGGCCUAUCAAAUUCUUUCGGACGACGAGAGAAGAAAGAUUUACGACGAAACUGGCUCGGUGGACGACGAGGCCGGAGAGCUGAAAGCGGAUGUUCUGAAGGCUUGGAGAAGCAUGUUCAGGAAAGUGACGAAAGAGGACAUCGACAACUUCAUGGAGCAGUUCGAAGGCUCCGAGCAACAGAAACAGGACCUGAUUGCUGCGUACAAAAAGCACGACGGAGACAUUCGAAAAAUCCAGGAAACAGUUAUCGGAUAUGGAGACAUCGAGAAGCUGAAGGGCACAUUGGACGCUCUCAUAGACGAGGGUAUCAUCGGAAAUACGAAGAAGUACGAGGCAACCACUUCUGAGGUGAGGAAAUGAAAGGGGGAAAAUGAGUAACUGAUGAGAUUCCAGAAAAAGAUAAAAGCGUACAAACGGAAGGCCGAGAAAGAGGCCGCUGAAGUUGAGAACUCGACGGAUGUGAGACUGAAGCAUCUGUAAAUUAUAAAGUUUUUUUUGUCUUCCAGAGUCACUCGGACCUCGUCGCCCUUAUCCAGGGCCGUCAGCAGGAGCGUAACAGUUCGUUCCUCGACGCACUGGCAGCCAAGUACGCACCUUCCUCCUCCAAGAAGGCCAAGCGGCAGUAA